AUGGCAACAAUUCGCUGCAAUGAUAAUUGGGUUCACUUCAAUUCCCAUGAGAAUCAAUGUUUCGAAGAUGAAGAAGAAACUUUAUCUCUUUGCGAUCUUCCCACAAACGAUCAAGAAAUCGAGAAAAUUUCAAAGAAAGAAGAAGAAGAUAAUAAUACUACAGAAGACUUCGAAUUCGGAUUCUGUUACGGUGGCGCCGCCUGUACUUCACCGGAAAACAUGUGCACCGCCGAGGAUGUCUUCUUCGAAGGUCAGCUUCUACCGUUGCGCCACUCAGUUAGCUCCGACACCGACGGAAUUACCCGGAAAAUUAACCGGUCGGCAUCCAUGCGAGUUGUGAGUAGUAGAAUUAUCAACAGAAAUGACCCGAUAAUGAUUCGAUCAAACGGGUAUAAACACAGGAUCCGAAACCAGUUCCAUUCACACCCGAGUCCAUCGCCACAGAUCCGAACCCAAAGUUUCCGGACCCUUUCACAUUCUAACCAGAAAACUUCAUCGUUAUGGAGCUUUUUACAGGUGGGGUUGUUGAAACCACAAGAAAUCGGGUUAUUGGAUCUAAAAAACCGGAGCAAGAGAUUCGGAAGCCAUAACAGCAACAGUAGCAGCACUAGCAGUAGUAUGAACAGCACCAUCGACCAAAAUCAGAAUCAAAAUCAAAACCAGAUACAUCGGAAGAACACGAAGAAAAAACAGAGAUUGUUUUUUAGUGGGUGUAAAUGCUCUGCAGAUUCAAUCGAAAGUACAGUAAAAGAAACAAAUCCGAAGAAGAUGACGACAAAAGAAGAAAAGAUUAUCGCGUUACAGAAUUCGAAAGUGUCGGAAGAAAGAACGAUCACCGGAGAAGGGAAACGAGCGGCGUCACGUCAUCGGACGUUUGAAUGGUUAAAGCAGCUUUCGAUUGCUGCUCCAACUGCAGGUUGA